AAAUACCCUGCCAUAAAUCUGAAGGCCAUCGUCCUGGUGCACUGGCUGCUCACAGUAUGGGGCUGCAUGGGGGGGCUCCCCGGCUCCUUCGCCUGGGGGAACUUCACCGUGUUGGCCGUGGGCGUCUGGGCCAUCGCGCAGAGGGACUCCGUGGAUGCCGUGCUCAUGUUCCUGAUGGGGAUGGUCGUGACGGUGUUGACCGACAUCGUCCACUUCGGGAUCUUCUACCCGACGCUCGACCUGCCGAAUGAAAACCGGUUCCGCUUCAGCGCCGGAAUGGCCAUCCUGAGCCUGCUGCUCAAACCGGCGUCCUGCUUCUUCGCGUACCAGAUGUACCGCGAGCGCGGAGGAGAUUACAACGUCCACUUCGGGUUCCCCUCCGUGUCCCGAAACAGAGAAGCCUACCAGUCCAUCGACCAGCAGGACGAGUCCACAGGCCCGGCGAACCCCUUCAACCAGGCCCAGGACAGCAAGCCAGCGGCCCGCACGUACUGAGAGGCCCGGCCCGCUGUUUUUCCUCUCGCCUCCUAUGCAGCAGCAUCUACCCCCCCCAAAGGAUUCCACAUGCGUCCCCGUGUUCUCCUGCAGUCGCUGUGUACUGCAGAUUGCACUGACAGCAGAAUUAAUAUUUCACGUUGUGCCAAAUCAUUAGCUGUGUUGGUAGUUUUAGGAUGGAAUCUGGCCUCGUUAAACCCGUUUGCUGAUGAUGUGUGCUGAACGGAUGCAGAGGAAACGCUGCUCCACGUCUCAGCUUCUUUAGUAGAGACGUGUUGAUUGGAGCAGUUGUGUCUUUACUUUCGUUUUUUUUUUUACAAAUGUGGUUUGAUUCUCUCUUCUGCGUUACAUGUAUAGUUGUUAUAUCCACUGCCUCUUUGCUUUAAUCACAUGACUGACAUGAAUGCUCAGUGUCGUGCCUUUCGUAUGCCGUGAUAUUUGAGAGCCUGAGACGUUGUGAGCAGAUUGAAGUUCGAGGUCCUUCUGGUCGUGGCGGCAUUGAGUCGCAUCCCAAAUGCUGGAUGAAGACGAUCACGUCGGAUAUUUCCAGGGGAGCGGCGCGCUAACGCCCCGCUCGUCGGGCCGCGUGCAGCGGUUCGGGUGUGGAGACACAGCAGGGUGGACUCCGCCGACUGGUUGCAUCACUUGGGUUCGUCAGUUGGACGUCUUCAGUUUCGUGACACGCUCCGACCCCCCCGGAGACCCGAUCACCACUCUGAGAACCAGUCUACGUCUUAAGAGACGCCUCACGUGAUUACACGAUAACACACGAACCUCUUCUGUCUCUUUAAAACCAUAUGAUGUCCUCACAAAGGCAGCGGCAAUUGUGUCUGGAAUUCCCUUCCUAAUAAAGUUUUAUAUUUAAAAGCAAUUCCGAAGCGUCAUGGAAGAGAGAGCGAAAUGUCGCAACUCACUGGGUUUUUUUUUUUCUUUCUUGGAAAGUGUAAAUAUAUCAAACAUGAUAUUUUUGGGCCGUUUCAGCUGUGGUCUUGAAAAUAAAGAACUAUGCAGAGCA